AUCAGGUCAACAUGAAAAUCUUCGUCUGUUUGCUGGCUGCGGCCGCUGUGGCUCAAGCAGGAUUCAUCGGUGGAGCAGGUGGUGGUGGUGGUGGCUACGGUGGUGGCGGCUCUUCCCACGGUGGCUACAGUGGUGGCGGUGGAUCCUCACAUGGCAGCGGAGAUGGUGGCUACAGCUAUGGCGGCGGUGGCUCUGAUCAUGGCUCUGAUCACCAUGGCGGUGGUGGAUCCCCACCAGUCAAAGUCAUCAAAGUGAUCCACGAAUCUGCUCCAUCCGGCGGCUCAGGAGGCUGGCAAUCGGGAGGAGGCGGUGGUUCAGGAGGCUGGCAAUCUGGAGGUGGUUCCGGCGGCGGCUGGUCUGCUGGAGGAGGUGGCGGCCAUGGCGGUGGUGCGCAGGAGAUCAAAAUCAUCAAGAUCAUCUCGCAGCAGGCUUCGUCUGGAGGUCAUGGUGGAGGCUAUGGCGGCUCUUCCGGAGGAUAUGGUGGAGCUUCCAGCGGCGGUUGGUCAUCGGGUGGAGCUUCCAGUGGCGGCUGGUCUUCGGGAGGAGCUCCCAGCGGCGGUUGGUCCUCUGGAGGAGGUGGUGGUGCCGAGGCACCUGCUGCCGUGAAGAUCAUCAAAAUCAUUUCGGAAUCGGACUCUGGAGCUGGUGAUUCCGGUGGUUGGUCUUCGGGUGGUGCACCCGGCGGUGGUUACGGUGGAGCUUCCAGUGGUGGCUGGUCUUCCGGUGGAGCUUCCAGUGGCGGAUGGUCCUCAGGUGGUUCUUCCAGCGGUGGUUGGGCUCCCCAGGGCGGUGCCAGCUGGUAAUUGUGAUAAAACCUGAUUUCAUUGUUUUCAUUCGCCCCACCCAUUGUUUCAUUUCACAUCCAUUCGCUGUUAUUCCACGCCAUUCCACCAUAUUUGUUAAAUAAAAGUUUUCUGUUUGAUCAUUU